GCAACCGAAAAUAUGAAGUUGGUUCUAUAUUUAUAUUUCAUUGUUGCAGCAAAAGCCGCAAAUUUGACAAUAAAAUUGGAAGAAGUACCAACGUCAGUUUCAGAUUUGGAAAAAAAGGAAUAUAGAAAAUCAUUUGUAAACGAAAUAAUAAAUAUAUUUAGUUCUUUAAAAAAUGAUAAUUCAUCAAAUAAUAGUAUAAAUCAAAGAUCUAAAGACGAGAUUAGUUAUUCACAGGUAUUAUAUAGUUUUUUGAAUAAAACAUACGUUUGUGGUAGUCCAAAAUCCAAAGAGAUCGCUCCGGAUCUUUUAUCAACAAUUGAAGCGAUAUCACAAUUACCUUUUAUGGAUUAUAUAAUCACAGAUACGGUAAAAAUAAACACAGUUAACACGGUUAAAAAAUGUGCAUCAGAUAUAAAGAAACACAAAUCGAAAAAGAGAAAAUCUAAAAGAAAAAAAGAUAUGACUCGUUCGAAAAAAAUUGACACAUUCUUUACUGGCGCGUUCGAAGAAAGUGUUGCCACUAAAGAAAAGGAUGAUAAAAAAAUUAUAUCGAUUGAAACGAAAAAAUUGAAAGAUUUAAAAACGAAUAAUGCUGUAAUCGAUCAAUUUAGAACUAUUUUAGAUGGAAUUAUAGAUGAUAUUGAUAAUAAGUAUGCUAAUAAAGUUGAAGGUAAACAGAUUAAAAUUAUAUUUGAAAUCGGUGAUAAUUUAAAAAAGGAAUUAAAUAAAAAUGCUUCCGAAGAGGAAUUUAAAGCAAAAGAAAACGAUAAUGGUCGAUUAACAAUUAAUGAUGUAUUAUUCCGAACGAAUACAGCUAUUAAAAAAAUUGAAGUGUCAGACGAUGAUCGUAGACGUAGAAUGGAAUCGGAAAAUGAUAGUGAUGAGAAAACAUCUGAAGAAGAUGUAAGUGAUAAUAUCGUACUAAAUAAUAAUAUGGAGAUUUUUGUUAAAAUGAAUAAACCAUUUGAAGAAUAUUAACAUUAUUUUUAUCGAUAUCAAUCAUAUAGCUCAACCCUAUGAUUU